AUGGGCGCUACCCCGUCACGUGAGGCGAAGCCGACCAUUCGGUCACUGCGCUACGGCAACCACGAAAUCGGUCUUAUCCCGAUCACUCGCGCCUACUUUAACGACCAAAACCCGCAACUGCGGCAGCAGUUCAUUCGUGUUCGAAAUGACCCUAACGUGCGCUAUAGCCAUACACGCCCUCGCGGCUUCAGCAUGGCAGAAGUGCCUCCUGCCAACUAUACUGAGGCAGACCUUGAAGCUUUUCUCAGCACGGUCGAGCGCUCUCUGUUUGACACGAACGAGGAGAUGCUCGACGCCGGUGCACUGCAGACGCCAACAAUCAGCAUGGCGCACCUCCAGCACCUCAUGCAGUGCGACGGGGAGGUAGACGUGUACGACCCAACGCUGGAAAAGGAGGUGGAGGGGAGCGAUAAGAGCAGCCAGCCACCCACUUCCGUCGAGCCGUUCUUCCUCGGCGCUAUCGGCACGCCAUCGUUGCCGCCCCACAAUAGAGUCAACAGUGGCCACGCGACAAGCCCGCAGAACCCGUACCCGGCGCGUGAGACAACGAGCUGGCUGCGUUCUACGUCCCUGUCCCUGCGCGCCUCCUCGUCGGACGAGGCCGGCAACAGCCCCGCCCACUCGACGUCAGCCGUGUCUGCCACUCUAUCUCUCAACGCUACCGCGUCGCACAUGCUGCUGCCUCCGACUACGCCGACGGCGCCGCCGCAGGAUGAGAAGACGUUGAAGAUGCCGAGCGCCGAGGACUGUGCAACCGACUGGUUCCUCAGGCUCAAGGGCUUCCUCCAGGCGCACCACCGCCACGCGGACGAGUCCUGCAGCCCCAGUGACAGUGACACUCACCACCGCCAUGAGCAGUCGCCGUGUCCGUCCCAGUUCUUCAAGUCCGAGGAGUAUAUGCGCUUCAAGCGUGCCGUGCAGCCCGUGCCAUGCGCGGUGUUGUUCAUCUACGUGAGCAACCGCGAGGAGCACGACUGUUUCACGUUCCAGGGCCACCGCGUGAACGUCAUCGGAAGCUUUGACAUGCGCAGUCACGACGAUGACCGCGACACCUUCACACCAACGCUUCAGAUCCGAAAGGCUAUCCUCAAGGCCGCCGGCGACCGCACGCUUGAGCGCGUGCUCGCGCUAUCGACGAAAUACUACCUGGACAGCUUCACCGAGAUUGUCCUUCAGCAGCUGCAGCGACGCCCUGUUGCGGAGCUGUUGGCGGGCCUUGGCGAGGAGGCGCGAAACCUGCUGUGCGAGCUGCCCACCAGCCCCCUCGUUGGCGGUACUGACGGCGGCUCGUCCAUGUACGACCCCGUUUCGGUUGCGCGGGCGCUCUUCUACGAGCGCAUCACAAAACUGCCGCUGGUCGUGUCGUCCCCCUUCAACAACUACCCUGCUCUCAAGUUCAUCUACGACUUCACCUCCCUCACGCACAGCAUCGAGAACAGCCAGUUCGUCCGCUCAGGCGACCUGCGGCUGUGCACGUACGACCGUGAGAAGGGGGAGCGCGGCAUCGUCUUUCUAUUCCACGGCCGCGCGCUAGCGCUUACCUGGCUGUGGGCAACCACACAGACGCAGACGUCCACGGUCCGUGAGUCGUGGACGCAGUACACACUGUGCGAGCAUACCCAGUCCCGCGAGCGGCGCGUGCAGCACUGGCUGGCCACGGAUCCACGGGCUAAGACGCUGCUCGGGGACUCGGCUAUCACGACGUGCUUUGAGCAGCACCUCGGGCACCUCCACAGCGAGAUCGUGCGCGCGCGCAGCACCCCGACGGACGAUGCAACCUCGUGGUCUGAUGUGCAGGAGUACAGUCACGACAUGAAGCUGUACCGCAUCUUUCUUUCCCCGCUCUGCGGGCCGCUGCUCACGACGGUCAAGACGGCGAAGCCGGAGAAGGUGAAGGAGCGCGGCAGCGUCAAGAAGGCGUCGACUCCCAGCUCUACACCAAGCACCGCAGACGGCGGCAAUGCAUCGACGGGCUCUCGCGGCAGAACCACGUCGGAUCUGCGGUUGAUGAUGAUGUCGCCACCAGGGAAUGCUUUGCCCGCGAACAACCGCAGCUGCGUGCAGGCACACGGCAAGAAGUCCCCGAACAGCCCACUGAAGGGCCUCAGCACGUCUGAGAGGACCCCGUCCACCUCGAACUUCUCCACCAGCGCCGCAACUCUAGGCGGUGGCAGCAGCAGCAGCAGCGCUCCGCUCGGCAUGAGCAGCACCGCCAACAGCACCUUCCUGCACGCGCCCCAACACGCUCCUUCGUCCCUCAACGGCGACGGCGCGACGCGGAUGACAAUGCCAAGCAGUUUCAUGGUGCCUGCUCCCUUUACUAGCCAGGCGGCUCCGAUUUCCGGCAUGCAUGGGCCGAUGCCUAUCUAUUUCACCGACCCGCUGCAGCAACCGCAGCUGCAGCCUCCGUCGAUGAUGCCGCCGAGCAACUCGCCGCAGCCGUCACAGUCGAUGGUGACGUCGCCGAGCCAGCCACCCACAGCGGUCUCCACCGCAUAUGUUAUUCAGGUAUCCAGUAACGGUGUGCAGACGCUGAUGCCCAUCACAUUUGCGCCGACCCCGAGCUCAGCCAUUCCAAGCGUGAGUUUCUUCCAGGCAGACAGCUCGAAGACGAGCAACGCGAACGCGCCGAACGCGGGAGCGUCCGUGCUCGGCGGUGCCUCCUCCCCAUACCCGCAUCCAGCUCACAACCUCGACGGCGCCACUGCCAUGCCGUACCCAAAUAUGAUGGUCACCUUUGCCACCGGAUACGGCGGCGCCCCAAUGGCCACCAUGCCCUAUCAGAUGGCUCCGCUGCACUCGACGUCACCGAUGCUUGCGACAAUGCACCAAGCGCCGGCACAACUUGUGAGCGACUCCACUGCGUGCUUGGCCACACCCAAAGCCUACAUCCCCGUUGGCUACUUCAGCACGUCUGUGCCCGGGCCCGCUUCUAUGCCGCAUUGA